AUGACGAAAGCGCGGGAGCAGUACUCCGCCGACAAGCAUGUCUGUGGCGACGGCGAGGUUUGCGUCGGCGUCGGUUGCGACUUUCGCGGAGGCAGCACCGCUGUGCUGGAGGACGGCACACGCUGGGUGGGCGACGGAGCGACUCACUUCUUCAGUCCGAAUGACUGUCCAUUCUGCACCUGCCAGCCAGCCCAGUGGCCGUGGCAUCGCUGCUCGCGCACGCUUGUGGGGGCGCGGGCGCAGCUGAUGCGUGCGCUCAACGGCCGCUACGAGAUACUGGGCUUCGGGUCGCGCAUGCUGCACGUCGCCGCCCUUGCCCUCGAGCGAGGCGCCGGCUUCCAGUGGGGCUCACAGGUCUGCGCCGCCGACAGGCGGAGCGGGCCCUUUUGCCUCUUCCGGCCUGUGAGCGCGUGCGGCAAGGCGCCGAUCGCAGCGUGCACAAACCCGAUGCGGCUGGGCGUCGGUGGAGCGGCCUGCUUUGACUGGGGUCUCGGCCCGAACGUGCUUCCCGCUGUCAACACCUCUCCUCCGUGGGCUGAUGAGGCGCCCCUCAGCUUGCGGCUAAUGACGGAGAAGCACGGCGACGUGCGCAGCCAGAUGCAGGCGUCGCUCACCGGGCAGCCGCUCGCGGGCAGCCACGGCCCCGACCACGCGCCGACGCGCGUGCUGCUCAUCGACGAGGUCGAUGUCUUCCUCGACCCCAACUUCUUCGGCGGCGUCUACCGGCCGAGCCUGACGAUUGGCGACGAGCGCGUCUCCAAGCUGAUGCGCGCGAUCUGGAAUGACCCAAGCCAGAAGGUCACCGACCUGCCCGAGUACGCCGGCCUCUUCAAGAAGCCCGCCGUCAUCUUCAAGGGCGACCAGAAGAAGCACGGCUUUGAGUGGUACGCGCAGUCGGCGGCGCUGGACAUGCAGCGCGCGGCGGCCGACUUCAAGAAGAAGCCGCAGGUGCGCGGCUCCGACUACCAGCUCAUCGACGGCUGGGUGUGGUACAAGCAGCAGGACGGGCUCGUCCGCUCCGACAAGCUGACGUACAUGUGGAUGACCAACUGCGUGUACCUUGACCUGUGCGACAAGGGCAGCAUCAGCGAGGAGCAGCUGCUCGACCACGGCCUCCACCUGUACGCCGUCUGCGGAGAGUUCUCCUACGCGCUGCUCCCGUCGACGGAGAGGUACUCCGACCACGUGCCCGCCUUCUACAAGUUCAUCCUCGGCGUGACGGGCACGCUGCGCGAGGGGCGGCUGCCCAGGGAGGCGCGCGAGCUCCUCGAGGACGAGAUCCGUAUCAAGCACAUGACCUACUGCCCGUCGAUGUACGGCCCUUGCGUGCGCGACUGGGACCCGGCGAGCAAGGACAACGUCAAGGUGAGCGAGUCGAAGAACGAGCACUUCCUGAUGAUCACCGACGAGAUCUCGCGGCGGCUGAAGCCGACGAGCCAGUCGUACGACGGCAAGCGGUCGGUGCUCGUCUUCUUCGAGAGCCUCGACGAGCUGCAGGCCUACUUCGACUCGUCCUUUUUCCGCCGCUUCCAGGACGGCGCGAACCGCCUCACCGAGGCCGCGUGCAACCAGCCCGACGAGCGCGCGUCGCUCAUCUCCAAGGCGACGCGCCAGGGGCAGGUGACGCUGGCCACGCGCUCCUUCGGCCGCGGCAUCGACUUUGUCGUCGACGACGAGCACAUGCUCACCGUGGGCGGGCUGCACGUCCUGCUCACCUUCUUCCCGCGCGACGUGCAGGAGGAGGUCCAGAUCAUGGGCCGCGGCGCGCGGCAGGGCCAGAAGGGCUCGUUUAGCCUGAUGUUGCGAUCCGACCAGCUCGAGGACCUCGCCGGUGGCAAGGCGAGUGCGGACGACAUCAAGGCGUGGCUCUCCGACUCGACGCUCUAUGAAAAGAUGUCCGAGAUCCGAUCGGCGCAGGCGGCCGCUGACAUGAAGGAGCGGCUCGAGAAGGCCGAGGACGCAAAGAAGCAGCACGAAGAGGCCGCGGCCGCGCUCAACGCCUUUAGCAGCUCGGGCGGCCGCGACUCGUCGCAGCUCUCCAAGCUCCUGCGCAAGUACAACCACGUGGGCGGCUCGACCACCAGCCGAACGCUGAUGCUCAUCGACGUGACCUACUCGAUGAACUCGCUGAUUGAGAAGACCAAGUCGUGCAUCGGCACGUUCUUCGAUCGCUGCCAGAAGGUGCUCGACGCGGAGAACAUCGCCUCCGGCUUCGCGCUGCAGAUCGCCGGCUACUCCAACUACAACGUCGACGUCGAGCGCAUCGUCGAGGCGUCGACGUGGGAGGCGAAGCCGCACAACCUCGCCCAGUUCCUCGGUCAGCUCGAGACCCGCGGCGGCUGGGGCGAGGAGGCGAUCGAGUGCGGGCUGAUGCACGCGCUGGCCGAGCACAAGAGCUGCCCGAUCGACCAGAUCAUUCUCAUCGGCGACGCGUCGGCCAACAGCCUGAGCGACAUGGCCCACAAGCGCAAGGGCGGCCACCAUGGCGGCGAGAGGUACUGGUCCUCGGCGAGGCCUUCGUGGGCGCCGAGCGGCAUCGCGCAGAAGGAGGCGGUGCAGGUCUUGAACGACAUCCAGCAGGUCAAGCCCGUGCCCGUCCACUGCUACCACAUGCACGACCGCGCCGUCGAGUCCUUCGAGAAGAUGGCGGCGGUCACCGGCGGCGGCUCGGCGCAGCGCCUCGACGUCAACUCAGCCAGCGGCGCGCAGGCGCUGACGGACGCCGUGUGCAAGCAGAUCCUCUCGUCGCUCGGAGGCCAGGCGCUCGCCGACGCGUACGAGCGCAUGAAGCCAUCGUUCAGCCGUUGA